AGUCAUUUUCGCGAAGGUGGCACCUCCUCCCCUUUUGCUUUGGCUCGCGGGGAAAACAUGGCCACUUUCAAUUUCAGCCGGGGUCGGUGCUUUCGAUGGAUUCUAACAACCUGGAACAUCUUGUUGUGGGUGGAUCAUGGAAGAUCGCAGUCAACAACGGUUAGUCCCAGUUGCGAGGUUGAUCCAGGCGAAGUUGCGGAGCAGGUUGUGGAGAAACAGCAUCGGCAGGACUCGUUGAAUUUGUUGUUGUUUUUGAUCUUGUUAGUGAUAACCAUUCUCACAACAUGGCUUUUCAAGCAUCACAGGUUCAGGUUUAUGCACGAGACGGGGUUAGCGAUGAUUUACGGUGUGAUAAUUGGAGUUAUAGUUUACUAUGUAUCCAAGGGCAGUGGAGAGGCAUCUAUGGUGUACACCCAGAAGGGAUCUUGCGGAGAGGUCAACGCCCCCAUGGACAUGUACUUGCAUCUUACAUACGAGGAGUUCGGAGCUAACAGAGCCAACGUGACGUUCCUCUAUAUCAGAGACAGUGUGGUUGGGCAGGUUCAGGCCAGGUCUAGAGAUUUUGGUUCAAAGCUGCAAUUUGAUCCAGAGAUUUUCUUCAAUAUUCUCCUGCCACCAAUCAUAUUCUACGCAGGAUACAGCUUAAAAAGAAGACAUUUCUUUCGGAACCUCGGAUCUAUCCUCACGUUCGCUUUUGCUGGGACAGCCAUAUCCUUCUUAGUUGUUGGUGGCAUCAUGUAUCUAUUUGUAAUUGUAAUCAUGAAAGAAACAAGAGUUACCGUCCAAGAUUGCCUUCUCUUUGGCGCUCUAAUCUCCGCAACUGAUCCCGUGACUGUUCUGGCGGUAUUCCAUGACCUCCACGUUGAUGUGGAUAUGUAUAUUCUAGUCUUCGGGGAAAGUGUUCUCAACGAUGCUGUGGCUAUCGUAUUAACAAGGUAAGGUUUGUCACUUUUGCCACUCUUCACCCGGGUGUAGGAAAUAGAUACCUGGGAGGUAGAAGUUGCUGAAUGCUUUGGUGCCUGACCGUGGUAGCAAGGCCUAGUCUGCAAACACAUACUCAAUUUUGACACUUUAACAAAUAUAUGCUAUGUCUAGAGUUGAGACUAGACUUAAACCCUCUGGCCCAUAUUCUGAAGUCAUGGUCUAACUCUGUGCUAAAAUUAUGGGAAGCCAAAAGUGUCAAAAUUUUUAUUAAGUUGUAUGUUUCUUAUUGUCACGUGGGAAGUGACUUUUUUUUAAUUAUUUACUUACUGCUGCUUGACACCAAAAAAGAAUACGUGAAACUGAUAAAUACAGUUAUUAAAAAGAUUUAAUCAUAUCUCUUCAAUCUUUCUGAUGUUCUCUUUUGAUGGUUUUACAAUAAUUUGUACAUGAAAAUGUACAUGGAUAAAACAAAAUACAACUUAACUUAACGGUAAUCGUUGACUCUAGCCCCCAUCGUCUCAUCUGGCCUGACAUGCCCCACUCGGCCCUGGUGGUCGGUCCAGUUCCUGGCCUCCGCAGCUAGCGAUGUCUCUUCCACUCGGCCUCGGCCUCCGCAGACUGUGUUGCCCCUUUGAUGAGUAACCCCCAGAUCAGAGAUGUGGCUUCAACGAAUUAGUGGACGAGAUCGAGCCCCCAAUGAUGACAUGAGUUUUGACGAAAACAUGUCGGUGGCGAACCGGUGGCAGCUGGGGUCGUUAUCUCGUCACCGACGUAGUCCCUUCAGUUAUAACUUAGACUGCCUAUACGAACGUCUGUAGUCUAUUCUAGCUUAGGUGGUUCUCCUUGAAUUAUUGAAACUAACCUCCUAAUAUACCCUACCGUUACUAGGAAUAACUGUAAAAUUUCUAUAACGUAAUUCAAAGAAUUUUUAUAGCAGAUGAGUGCAUAAAGCAACACAUUCUUAAUAACAAAAAGACUUCCUGUGCAUCUGUACAUCUACAUUCUUCAAUGCUAAAGCACAGUAUUAACUAUUUAUGACACCUGUAUGAAGAUGCUUAGCUAGUACGAAAUAUGUCUAACACUUGAACAAAAUAUGACAUCCACCUGAUCUUGGACUCUAGGGGGGGGGUAUCAAACGUUCCCAACGCUUGCUUUUGAAACAUUCAAAACAUAUGUACAUAUACAAUUGUCUAUAGGCCUACCAUAAGCUGGACCAAGUAAAUAUUUUAAACACAUGUCUGAACUCAACUGAAAUACUCUAUAAUUAAAUUUCUUUCCUGACAAUAUCCCCCACCUUAAAGAUCCAGACCGGACCCGAAAAUGAAAUUGAUAAAGUUUAUACCAAUCGAAAGCUUAUAAGCUACUAAAUACAGCAAGGUAUGCUUUAUGCAUUUUCACCGCUUCCCAGCUGAGUAUUUUGCUUGUGAAUAUUCCAAUUAUCGGGCUUCGAACCCCGCUUAGAAAAUAGGCUUUAUUGUGCUUUUCACCUGCCUCGAGACCGUGACGUCACGUUGUGUAAGAAGCGUCGUGAUUCCAUAGGUUUGUACACAGAAAAACUGGGUGAUUUUUUGCUUUCCAGAUAACGCAUUUCAUUCUCUUUACUUCUAUCACAGAGGGAUAUCACAUAUAUUUUUACCCACGGGCUUGAAUUUAUGAAAUCUACAGUUUUGAACUAGUUUUUGUCAUAUUUUAUUUCCUGCUUAUUUGGCGCAGAUUUCAAUUAUAUCUGCAUUUAGAUUAUGUAUAACAACUUUUCCUGACAUAGCAAUUUAGGCCCAAUAAGAGCCAAACAAAGAAAUCACAAAAAAGGUAGUGAAUAGUUGUAGGUUUACAACAAUUUGAACAGUGAAUAAUUUUGAGUGCCAUUUUCAUCUG